GUGGUGAGGGAUUUGUCAGGAGUGCGUUUGUUUGGAUGCAAAAUAAAAAAUAGAAAUAAAGCUACAGAACCAAGAGGAACCGACGUCAAACAGGUGCCACGAUGCGACUGGUCAGUGUGGCAGGUGCUCGGCUUCGCAGGGCUGCCGAGGAGGAGGAGAAGGAGAAGGAGCCUCCACCUCCCCCACCUCCCUCACACCACUCCAACCACCAGUUUGCCAGCAUGAAGAACAAGUUCUUCAAUGAGCUUACACACCUGCCAAAUCAUAAACUCAAAAUGCCCAUGUGGGCUGUGGGAGCCAUUGUAGUUGUAGUCCUCGCCCUCAUCCUCUGUAUGGGAUUCUGCAUCUACAAGAAGUGCUUCAACAAGGGCAAAAAGCCCAAGAAGGUCCGUGAGAGGAAGGGUGGACGAGGGCGCAGAAAGAAGGAUAAGGACGGAGAGGACGGGGAUGAGAAGAAGGAUGGAGAUGAAGAUAAAGAAGAGGAGAAGGAGUUCUACGGGAAACUGGAAUACUCACUGGACUAUAGCUUCACUGAUAACCAGCUGAUAGUAGGCAUCCUUCAAGCUCAGGACCUUCCAGCCAUGGACAUGGGCGGGACUUCUGACCCUUAUGUCAAAGUCUACAUGCUGCCCGACAAGAAGAAGAAGUUUGAGACCAAAGUCCAGCGCAAGAACCUCUGUCCCGUCUUCAAUGAGACUUUCACUUUUAAGAUACCAUACAGUGAAUUGGGUGGCCAGACUCUGGUGCUGCAGGUGUUUGACUUUGACCGUUUUGGUAAACAUGACAACAUCGGUGAAAUCAAGAUUGCCAUGAACUCCAUAGAUCUGGGACAGCCGAUACAGGAAUGGAAGGAUCUUGUUGGAGGAGAGAAAGAGGAGCAAGAGAAGCUGGGUGACAUCUGUAUUUCACUUCGAUAUGUCCCCACGGCUGGUAAGCUAACGGUUAACAUCAUGGAGGCCAAGAACCUGAAGAAGAUGGAUGUCGGAGGACUGUCAGAUCCCUUUGUUAAGGUGGUGCUGCAGCACAACGGAAAGAGACUGAAGAAGAAGAAGACGUCAGUCAAACAAAACACCCUAAAUCCUUACUUCAAUGAAAGCUUUAGCUUUGAGAUACCGUUCUCCCAGAUCCAGAAAAUCCAGGUGCUGAUCACAGUGUAUGACUACGACAAACUGGGUAGCAACGACGCAAUAGGGAAGGCCUGGAUCGGCUAUGGUGCCUCGGGCGUCGGACUGCGCCACUGGUCAGACAUGUUGGCCAAUCCCAGGCGUCCAGUGGCUCAGUGGCAUACGCUGCUCACAGAGGAGGAGGUGGAUGCUGCCCUGAAGGCCCCCAUUCGCUAAAUACACUCUCACACAUAUAUCGAACGCCAUCAUCUGCAUAGAGGCGUAGUCUUUCAGUACAAAAACAAAUGAACGACACAUCAGUGUCACGUCUUCAUUCAUUUUGUAAUAUUUCAUUGUGGGAUCUCUUUAUACAAAUGUGUGCUUUAUAUUGUUUUGCAUACAUAUCAUAGAAAUUCAUUUUUAAGGCUUAUUUUUGCAGCGUUUUCAAAUUGAAAUCGUUCACACUGUGUACGAUGUGUACACUGACAAUAAAGGUAAGACCCAAAAGCUGUAUGUUGCACUUACUCAAAAAUGGGAAGAUAAAAAGAGAACAAUGAUUUUUUUUUUUUUUAAAAGGUCAUAAUUGAAGUAGAUCAUUACGGGUUUAUUUCCCAAGACACUCUUGACACUACACCCCCAAUAAUGCGACUCCAUAAUCUGUCUUUUGCUCUUUUCUGUCUGUUGACUGUAUUCACCUUUUAAAAAAUGAAUACCACUAGCCCAGGCAUAAAAACAUUUCAAGCUGAAGUUUUCAUCUACAACUAGUUCUUAUUUUUUAUUUCCCUCUCUGUUAUCUUGAUCACUCUCAUCUUCCUAACAACCUAAACUUGAUUUGUCCUGUGAAUUGUAUUGUACUUGAUUACUGAUCUGUCUCUUUGUGACUCCUUGUCUGUGCUUGCUCUUGAGUGAGUGAAGAUUUUUCUGUAAGUGUCUUGUGAGCGAGUAUAUUGAUGUGAGUGUAUUAUUAAGCUGUCUGUGGUUUCACUUUCAGUUCUUAUUGUGUGAUUGUAAAUAAAUAGCUGAAUAAAUAAAGCCAAACCGCGA